AUGUCUACCGAUUACGAAUUCAAGGGUUGGCUUGGCCGUGAUCCCAGCUCCGUCAAUGGAAAGAUGGAGUGGGAUACCUUUGAGCCCAAGAAGUGGGAGGAGAACGACGUCGACAUCAAGAUCACACACUGCGGUAUCUGCGGUUCUGACCUUCACAUUCUUCGCUCCGGCUGGGGCGAGACACCUUUCCCCUGCUGCGUCGGCCACGAAAUCGUCGGCAAGGCUGUCCGCGUCGGCUCCAACGUCACAAACAUCAAGGUUGGCGACAGAGUCGGUGUAGGCGCCCAGGCCCGCAGCUGUCUCCGCGACGACUGCUCCGAGUGCUCCGCUGGCCGCCUCAACUACUGCCCCAAGAUGGUCAGCACCUACGGCUCCGUCUACCCCGACGACAUUGGCAAGUCCUACGGCGGCUACGCAGACUACAACCGCACCGACUCCCGCUUCGUCGUAAAGAUCCCCGAGUCUCUGCCCUCCGAGUACGCUGCGCCCAUGCUCUGCGGCGGUGUCACCGUCUACGCUCCCCUCCGUAACAACGGCUGCGGUCCUGGAAAGACUGUGGGCAUCGUCGGUGUAGGCGGUCUGGGCCACUUUGGCGUUCUCUUCGCCAAGGCCCUCGGCGCUGAUAAGGUCAUCGGUAUUUCUCGCAAGGCCUCCAAGAAGGAUGAAGUCCUCGCUCUCGGCGCAGAUGCUUACAUCGCUACUGACGACGAUGAGGACUGGGCCAACAAGAACGCCAAGACAAUUGAUCUCAUGGUCUGCACAGUCUCAAGCAGCAAGAUGCCCUACAGCGAUUACUUCAAGCUCCUCCGCCACGGCGCCGACUUUGUGCAGGUCGGAGCUCCUGACUCUGGUGAACUCCCUCCCAUCAAUGCCUUCAACCUCAUCAUGGGCCAGUUCAAGCUAAGCGGAAGCUUGAUUGGUUCGCCCAAGGACAUCGAGGAGAUGCUGCAGCUUGCAGUUGAGAAGAACGUCAAGCCUUGGGUUGAGAAGAGGCCGAUGGAGGAUGCGAACCAGGCUGUUGUCGAUAUGGAGAAUGGAAAGGCGCGAUACCGAUAUGUUUUGGUUAACCAGAAGAACAUUGAUUAA